CCCGCAGCGGGCGCGCACUCGGUGGGGCGGCGCCGGGCGGGCAGCCUCGUCCUCUCCGUGCGUGCGCGCAGCUCGGUCGUCGCCAGCCCGCGGCCGCUGCCGUCGUCGCUUUGUUCCCGGGGCUCGCCGCGGAGCCGCCCCCGCGCCACCCUGGCGUCGUCCUCGUCGCCGUCGCCGCCGCCGCCGCCCUCCGCGCGCGGCCGGGCCUUGCCCCCCAUGGUGUCCCGGCCCGAGCCCGAGAGCGAGACCAUGGACGCGGAGCUGGUGGUGACACCCCCGGGCUGCUCGCACCUGAGCAGCUUCAAGGUGGACAACUGGAAGCAGAACCUGCGCGCCAUCUACCAGUGCUUCGUGUGGAGCGGGACGGCGGAGGCCCGCAAGCGCAAGGCUAAGUCAUGUGUCUGCCAUGUUUGUGGUGGUGUGCACCUCAACAGGCUUCACUCUUGCCUGCACUGUGUCUUCUUUGGCUGCUUCACAAAGAAGCAUAUUCAUGAACAUGCCAAGUCAAAGCGGCACAACCUAGCCAUAGAGCUUAUGUAUGGAGGCAUCUACUGCUUUUUGUGUCAGGACUACAUAUACGACAAAGACAUAGAAAUAAUUGCCAAAGAGGAACAACGGAAAGCUUGGAAAUUGCAAGGUGUUGGAGAGAAGUUUUCAACCUGGGAACCAACCAAGCGGGAACUUGAACUGCUGAAACACAACCCGAAGAGGCGGAAGAUCACUUCUAACUGCACCAUCGGCCUGCGCGGGCUGAUCAACCUGGGGAACACGUGCUUCAUGAACUGCAUCGUGCAGGCUCUCACCCACACACCUCUGCUUCGGGACUUCUUCCUGUCCGACCGUCACCGGUGUGAGAUGCAGAGCCCCAGCUCCUGCCUGGUCUGUGAGAUGUCCUCGCUAUUCCAGGAGUUUUACUCGGGGCACCGCUCCCCUCACAUUCCCUACAAGCUGCUGCACCUGGUGUGGACACAUGCCCGGCACCUGGCAGGGUACGAGCAACAGGACGCUCAUGAGUUCCUCAUUGCAGCCCUGGAUGUGCUGCACCGGCACUGCAAAGGUGAUGACAACGGGAAGAAGGCCAACAACCCCAACCACUGCAACUGCAUCAUAGACCAGAUCUUCACUGGCGGGCUGCAGUCUGAUGUCACCUGCCAAGUCUGCCAUGGCGUCUCUACCACAAUAGACCCAUUCUGGGACAUCAGCCUGGAUCUGCCGGGCUCUUCCACCCCGUUCUGGCCCCUGAGCCCGGGAAGCGAAGGCAGCGUGGUAAAUGGGGAGAGCCACAUAGCCGGAACCACAACGCUCACUGACUGCUUGCGAAGAUUCACCAGACCAGAGCACUUGGGAAGCAGCGCCAAGAUCAAAUGCAGUGGUUGCCAUAGCUACCAGGAGUCCACCAAGCAGCUCACCAUGAAGAAGCUGCCCAUUGUGGCCUGCUUCCAUCUCAAACGCUUUGAGCACUCUGCCAAGCUGAGGCGCAAGAUCACCACCUACGUGUCCUUUCCCCUGGAGCUGGACAUGACCCCCUUCAUGGCCUCCAGCAAGGAGAGCAGGAUGAACGGGCAGUACCAGCAGCCUAUGGAUAGCCUCAAUAAUGAUAACAAAUACUCCUUGUUUGCAGUUGUCAAUCACCAGGGAACCCUGGAGAGCGGCCACUAUACCAGCUUCAUCCGGCAACACAAGGACCAGUGGUUCAAGUGUGAUGACGCCAUCAUCACCAAGGCCAGCAUUGAGGAUGUGCUAGACAGUGAAGGAUACUUGCUGUUCUAUCACAAACAGUUCCUGGAAUACGAAUAGCCUUAUCUGCAGCUGGUCCCCAGAAAUGAAGGCAAUGAGUUGGCAAGCACAUGUUGGCAUCAACGCGACCCCUGUCCUCACCGGCGUCCUGUGCCCGCCACCCCCGCGGAAGUGCCCCCAGGAGCACCAGGCUCUCUGCCGCCUGGGCCCCUGGGGCCUUGGUGCAGUUGGCUCCCAGGGUUGUGAUGUGCAAGCAGAGGGUGAGGAGGGCUCUCGGGGUGUCCAGAAGAGCACAUUGAAGGAAGGGUGCACCUGGGCUGGGGGAGCAGAGCAGAUCUGGAGUAGCACAUCUCCUGUGCUCCUUGAGAGAACUGGGGUGUGGGGUGGAGGGGUGGGGAUGUCACACCUUAGCAGCCUGGCCCAGGUGCUUCAGUUCAAAAGGCGCCAGCUCAUUUCACAAUUAGGGUACAGGAAAGCAACAGGCUAGGGUGGUAGAGGUGGUGGGGAAGGACAGCGGUGUUGAGUCCCUUUUUCUCGAGAGUUAAGUUCUAGCUCUGUAUAAUCAGGAAUGCUUAGCCCCAUUCUGUCAGCAGAUGCAGAGCGCCCCCCAGAGCCUGUGGGCGGGGCUGCAGACACUGGGUCUGCGCAUGCCUGUCCUGCAGAUCCUUCGCCCCAGACUGCAUGUGAAGUGUCGCCUGGUGCGCUCACUCCCUCCCUCUUUAAACUCGGUGUUUUCUUGGCCCUCCCCUUCUCUCCCACAGUGAUGAAUUUCGUAAGUGUGAUGCCAGUAAUGUGAAAGAAUUAUCGCGUUUAUACGGAAAUUUUAGAUGGUUUUCUCCCUUAUUCCUGGUGGGGGAUGAAUGUUGCUUUCUCACUGGUGCUGGGUGCUUGCCUCCCCCCUUCCCCUCCCCCUUCCCGUUAGUGUCUGAUUCUGCUGCUGGCUACAGCCCAUGGGAGUCAGACCACAGCUAGAAGUGUCUGUCGUAUCAGUCUUUUGAGUAAAGGAAAGCAUUUAGGUGGUUUCUUUGUUUCCCGUCUUCAUAUUUGCUUCUGGCCACCUGUCCCAGUAGCUGUCUGUAACUGUGUGGUGCUGGUGUGUCUGGAUGCAGGAGCGGCGCCCGCUGGUCGGUGCCGAGGACACCUGCUCGGCCUUAGUGGCAUUGCAGUUCUGGUUUGUGGCUGUGCUCGUUGGCAGAGCUGCUUGGGAAGAUGCAGCAGUGUAGAGCGUUCCUUGUAAGAUUCCUUGCAUGCGUCUGUCCGUUCAAACCCAAACGUCCAUUGUUUGUACAUUUACGGAAAACUGCACCCCAG